AUGAACAUUGUAAUUAUCGGCGGUUCCAACACGGGCCUGAUGAACGGCAUCGUGCUCAAGCGCCUCGGUCACAACGUCCGCAUUCUCGAGCAGAACCCAGAGUCUAAGCGUGACGACCUCGCUGCUGGAAUCACCACCCAUCCAAUCUUUGAAGAGUUCAUGGACUGCCAUGACCGCACAACAGAGCCGUGGUCAAUCCACAGUCCUGGUGUUCAAUUCCUCGACAAGGCGGCCGCCGUCACGCGUCGUCUCAACAAGCGCCUCCAGAUGACCUCUUGGGGUGUUAUAUAUCAUCAUCUCCGCGCCAAUUUCGAUGGCUUCUCGAGCAACUUCUGUCCCAAUCCGCCAGAGCCGGAGAAAGAAGACGGUGUCACGGUAUUUGAGUGUGGAAAGCGUGUCACGGGCCUCGGGCACAUUACUUCCGGAGUAGAGAUCACAUACGAGGACCUGCUGAACCAGAAGGAGGAAGGAAAGCUUUUAGCUGAUAUUGUCAUUAUUGCAAAUGGUGCCAAUUCGGCCUUGCGCAGCUCCAUUUUCACUGGGGUAGAGCGUGUAUAUGCGGGAUAUGUUGCAUUUCGCGGCACGGUUCCUGAAUCCGAAGUUUCAGAAGAGGCUAAAAAGACAUUCGACCCAAAUCUUAGUUACAACUCCUUCAAUAAUGGAUACAUCCUGCUGUAUAUCAUUCCCGGAACUGAUGGUUCAAUCGUUCCCGGUCACCGCCGCUAUAACUGGGUCUGGUAUCAUCCUCUAACCACAGGAUCACCCGAACUGGAAAACAUCAUGACUGACACCUCAGGAGUCGUUCAUCGGAACACCCUACCCGUCGGCACCAUGCAACCUUCCGAAUGGGCGGCGUACGUCGCUCUUGCUUCCAAAGUCAUGUGCCCUCCAUUCGCAGAGAUGGUUCAAAAAACCACCCAGCCAUUCAUCACGGCCAUCAGCGACGCGUCCUGCCCCCGCGCUACCGCUUUCAACGGCACGGUUUUCAUUGCCGGCGAAGCACUGAACCUGAUGCGUCCGCAUAUGGCACUCAGUACCACACAGAGCGCGAUGCAGGCCCUAAUGCUCGAGAAGUUCUUCAAGCACGAGAUCACAUUGAGUGAGUUCGAGGAGCAGGUCUUGCAGUAUGGACGUGUCAGUGCGCUGAAGACAAAUGCUUUUGGGUCUUUCUUCUUGUAUGGAUACUUGAGUUCGGCAGGGUGGCUUGUGAAACUCGCUGGUGCAGUGCUUGGUGGCUUGCCUCCUUUCUCGUGGCUCUCGGAUUUGACUGAGGUUGAGUCUGUUGUGCAGAAGUAG